UCACGCCAAAUCCCAGACGAUGGUGAAUUAUGAACGUGCCGCAUCAUGAAGCUCUUGUGGCAGGUAACUGUGCACCACACCUGGAAAGCUGCCCUUUUUGUCUACCUCACGGUACACGCGUGGAUCCUGUGUGCAGCGGCCGCCUCGCCCGGACCCCAAAGCUGCCCCUCGGUCUGCUCGUGCAGUAACCAGUUCAGCAAAGUGGUCUGCACGCGCCGUGGCCUGUCCGAGGUCCCCCAGGGGAUCCCCUCCAACACCCGGUACCUCAACCUCAUGGAGAACAACAUCCAGCUGAUCCAGGCGGACACCUUCCGCCAUCUGCACCACCUGGAAGUCCUACAGCUGGGCAGGAACUCCAUCCGCCAGAUCGAGGUAGGGGCUUUCAACGGGCUGGCCAGCCUCAACACCCUGGAGUUGUUUGACAACUGGCUGACGGUCAUCCCCAGCGGGGCCUUCGAGUACCUGUCCAAGCUGCGGGAGCUGUGGCUGAGGAACAACCCCAUCGAGAGCAUCCCCUCGUACGCCUUCAACCGGGUGCCCUCCCUCAUGCGCCUGGACCUGGGUGAGCUCAAGAAACUGGAGUACAUUUCCGAGGGGGCUUUCGAGGGAUUAUACAACCUGAAAUACCUUAAUCUGGGGAUGUGUAACAUUAAAGACAUGCCAAACCUCACGCCCCUGGUGGGGCUGGAGGAACUGGAGAUGUCGGGAAAUAACUUCCCCGAGAUCAAACCGGGCUCUUUCCAUGGGUUAAAGUCUCUCAAAAAGCUCUGGAUUAUGAACUCGCAGAUCAGCCUGAUCGAGCGAAACGCCUUCGACGACCUCACCGCGCUGGUGGAGCUCAACCUGGCCCACAACAACCUCUCCUCCCUGCCCCACGACCUCUUUGCCCCGCUGCGGUACCUGGUGGAGCUACAUUUGCACCACAACCCUUGGGAUUGCGACUGCGACAUCCUCUGGCUGUCGUGGUGGCUGCGGGAGUACAUCCCCACCAACUCCACCUGCUGCGGGCGCUGCCAUGCCCCGCUGCACAUGCGAGGGAAGUUCCUGGUGGAGGUGGACCAGACCUCCUUCCAGUGCUCGGCGCCCUUUAUCAUGGACGCCCCGAUGGACCUCAACAUCUCCGAAGGGCGGGUGGCUGAGCUCAAGUGCCGAACUCCUUCCAUGUCCUCCGUUAGGUGGUUGCUGCCUAACGGGACGGUCCUGAGCCACGCGUCCAGCCACCCGCGCAUCUCCGUCCUCAACGACGGCACCUUGAACUUCUCCCACGUGUUGCUGACGGACACCGGGGUUUACACGUGCAUGGUGACGAACGUGGCGGGGAACUCCAACGCCUCGGCCUACCUCAACGUGAGCACGGCCGAGCUCAACACCUCCAACUACAGCUUUUUCACCACCGUCACGGUGGAGACCACGGAGAUCUCCCCGGAGGACAUCUCCCCCAAGUUCACCAAGCCCGUGCCCACGACGUCGACGGGGUACCAGCCGGCGUACACCACCACCACCACCGUGCUGAUCCAGACCACGCGGACGCCCAAGCAGGUGGCAGUGCCCACCGCGGACUCCAACGACAAGAUGCAGACCAGCCUCGACGAGGUGAUGAAGACCACCAAGAUCAUCAUCGGCUGCUUCGUGGCGGUGACGCUGCUGGCCGCGGCCAUGCUGAUUGUCUUCUACAAGCUCCGCAAGCGGCACCAGCAGCGCAGCACCGUGACGGCCGCCCGGACGGUCGAAAUCAUCCAGGUGGAUGAGGACAUCCCCGCCGCCGCGGCCGCCGCCACCGCGGCUCCGACCAGCGUAUCAGGUGAGGGGGCAGUUGUGUUGCCCACAAUUCAUGACCAUAUUAACUACAACACCUACAAACCGGCACACGGGGCCCACUGGACAGAGAACAACUUGGGGAACUCUCUGCACCCCCCCGUAACCACCCUCUCUGAACCCUAUAUAAUUCAGACCCACACCAAGGAGAAAGUACAGGAAACUCAAAUAUGACUUUUUUUUCAGAAAUUAUAAAUGCAAUAGAAUGCACAAAAACAGAACAAAAAAAAAAAAAAA